AUGUCUGAACCAGAGAGCCCCGCUCAGGUCCCCGAGGGCCAGCCGAACCCGGUGCUCGUGGGUCCCGGGUUAAAGGCCCUCGAGAAGGAUGCAUAUGCCCACGCGACGAGUGCGACUCCCGCCAUCGAUUUCUCCUCCAGUGAGGUCCCGUCAUAUUUCGCCAGCCUCCCAGGGGCACAGGAUGAACCCACAGAGUUAUCUGGGAUCGCCUCACCCGUGCAAGCCGCAAGGAAAGCGUCAUCGGGCAUGGAUUUGCUACGCCGCUUAAGCUUGACAGCAGACUCUCCCUCAUUGCCACCACUGGAUCCGCGGAUGGAGCAUCCGGGGCUGAAUCUCAGCGGUCGUGUCAUCAGCGCCACGUUCUGCAUUCCCUACAAACUCAACUUUCAAUCAGGCUCAGACUGGACGCUCAAAUCACGAUCGGGCACCUCAGCAUUGUUUGAUUCAUUCGCACACCUGGCAUCGGAUGAGACGCCCUGGUCACACACUUUGGUAGCCUGGACGGGAGAGGUUGAGCCGAUUGUGGAAAAGACACCCUUGCAGCAAAUUCACCCUAAUGCCACGAGCAAGGCACCUUCGGCACCCAAUUCGAUUACCGCCCAACCAUUGAACAAAGCUGCCGCGCCAGUCCCAGUAGACGCCACCAAACAGACCCCAGCCCACCCGCUGGUAGAAGGGAUCCACGUUACCCAAAAGGACCGGGAGCGACUGGAUGAGCAGCUAAGCUCUGGGCGCCAUGGCCGGGUCUUGCCCGUGUGGCUGUCGGAUGCCUACGAGGAACCACAAGAGACCAUUGUGCUCAAAGAUCAGGGGAGAUGGCGCCGCUAUGCGGAACGCGAGCUAUACCCGUUGCUUCACUACAAGCAGCAUGGCCCGACAGAUGGCCGGUCCGAACGCCGGUGGUGGGGUGAUUAUCUUCGCCUGAAUCAGCUGUUCGCAGACCGGAUCGCGGAAGAAUACCAGGAGGGCGAUGUGGUGUGGGUACACGAUUAUCAUCUCUUCCUACUACCCAGCCUGCUCCGGCAGCGCAUCCCCAACAUCUAUGUGGGCUUCUAUCUUCACGCACCUUUCCCCAGCAGUGAGUUCGUACGAUGCCUUGCGAAGCGCAAGGAGAUUCUCGAAGGAGUUCUUGGGGCCAAUAUGAUUGGAUUCCAAACCUUCUCCUAUUCCCGACACUUUACCUCCUGUUGUACCCGUGUUUUGGGCUUCGAGUCAAACUCGGCGGGAGUGGAUGCAUAUGGAGCUCACGUUGCAGUCGACGUUUUCCCCAUUGGUAUCGACGCUCGUGCAAUCCAGAAGGCCGCCUUCGGAGCGCCGGAUAUUGAGAAGGCCGUGCAGGGAAUCCGAAAAUUGUACGCUGGAAAGAAAAUCAUUGUCGGUCGUGAUCGACUGGACAGUGUUCGAGGAGUUGCGCAGAAACUGCAGGCUUUCGAGAUCUUCCUGGAGCGGUAUCCCGAGUGGCGCGAGAAAGUCGUUCUCAUCCAGGUUACGAGUCCAACCAGCGUUGAAGAGGAGAAAGAAGACCCGAACAAUAAAAUUGCCGGCCAGAUCUCAAAUUUGGUGUCCACCAUUAAUGGGAGGUUUGGCUCGUUGAGCUUUGCCCCUGUUCAGUACUAUCCGCAGUACUUGUCCCCGCGCGAGUACUUUGCUUUGCUGCGGGUAGCUGAUGUCGGAUUGAUUACCACGGUGCGAGAUGGCAUGAACACCACCAGUCUGGAGUAUAUUGUGUGCCAACAGACCAACCACAGCCCUCUGAUUCUCUCCGAAUUUUCGGGUACCGCAGGCACGCUGCCCAGUGCCAUUCACAUUAACCCGUGGGAUCUUGUCGGGGUGGCUGGGGCCAUCAACCAAGCCUUGAAUAUGCCCUCGGAACAGCGAAAAGACCAACAUUUGAAGCUUUACAAACACGUAGUGACAAACACUGUUGCCCAGUGGGCCAAGCAGUAUCUUCAUCGCCUCUUGACCAAUCUGUCGUCCUUUGAUCAGUCCGUCGCCACGCCCGCCCUCGAUCGGAGCAAAUUAAUAAAGCAAUACCGCAAGGCUCGCCGACGUCUCUUCAUGUUUGAUUAUGAUGGCACCCUGACGCCCAUUGUCAAGGACCCGCAAGCUGCGAUCCCUUCGGAUCGGGUUCUCCGCACGCUCAAGAGCUUGUCAGCCGAUCCCCGAAAUGCCGUCUGGAUCAUCAGUGGACGAGACCAGGCUUUCUUGGACGAGUGGAUGGGCCACAUCCCCGAACUUGGACUGAGUGCCGAGCAUGGCUGUUUCAUCCGACAGCCCGGGUCGGACGACUGGGAGAAUCUGGCCGAGCGUACUAACAUGGGAUGGCAGAAGGAGGUUGUUGAUGUCUUCCAGCAUUAUACCGAACGCACACAGGGCUCAUUCAUUGAGCGGAAACGGGUGGCAUUGACUUGGCACUACCGCCGUGCAGACCCCGAGUAUGGUGCAUUCCAGGCUCGCGAGUGUCGCAAGGAAUUGAAGGACACCGUUGCCAAACGGUGGGAUGUGGAAGUCAUGGCCGGCAAGGCCAAUCUCGAGGUGCGGCCGACCUUCGUGAACAAAGGGUUCAUCGCUACACGGCUGGUCAAUGAAUAUGGCCCUGCUCCCGGGAAGGCACCGGAAUUUGUCCUGUGUCUGGGUGAUGAUUUCACCGAUGAAGACAUGUUCCGUGCCCUCAAGAAGACCGAUCUGCCUUCCGACCACGUAUUUUCCGUGACUGUAGGGGCCAGUUCCAAGCAAACCGAUGCCAGUUGGCAUUUACUGGAGCCAGCCGAUGUCAUUGGAUCCAUCCAGAUGCUCCUCAGCAACGCAAAUCAGGAUCGAUGA